AAUGGAAUGGUUGGAAAGUUUGAAAACAUAACCAAGAAAUUACAAACAAUUCAUUUAAUCUCUGUUGAAAAUUCUAAACAAAAUUGAGUAAAAAUGAGUGAUUACGCUGCCGGAUGUGAUUCAGCAUCAUCAGAUGAAGAGACCACAUUGGAUGACAUUGAGAAAUUGCAGAGACAAAUGGAAAAUGUCCCACGGGGGAUGUUUGUUUCCGGAUGGGAGGAUCCAGAUUCCAAUAUUGGGAUUGAGGAGGACAAAACACCGCACGAAACCCUGGAAAGAGAAAUCCUCUGGGCUGCUGAUGAGGGCAACGACAUUGAGCUGGUGGAGAAAAUUCUAGAACAAGAUGCUUCUUGUGUGAAUGCUGUGGACAGGGAUGGGUACACACCACUCCACAGGGCUGCUUACAACAAUCGCUACGAACUAGCACAACUCCUUAUCAAGUACAGAAGCAAUGUGAACGCACAGACGGAAUACAAGUGGACACCUCUGCAUUCGGCGUGUAAGUGGAACAAUGCCCGGCUAGCUGCUCUCCUCCUUCAGCAUGGAUCGGAUGUCAAUGCACUGUCCGAUGGGGAUCAGACACCUCUCCAUGUAGCUGCCACAGUGUCUAAUUGCCGCAAUACAGCUGCUACGUUGCUCUUUCAUCCCAAAACUAUGGCUGAUUUGCUGAAUAAUUCCAACGAAACAGCUGAAUUCAUUGCAAAACGAACCGGACACACCCUCCCAAUCUUCCGAAUGGGUCACUCAGCUUUGCAAGUUGAAACUGGGAUCAUAGAUUAAAAGGAAAAUCUCUCAUUUAAUUAAUUUUAAACAAAAUUAAAAAAUUAAAAAUUAGAGGAAAUAAAAGGCCUGGUAAGUUUCAUGAAACAUAAAAUAACUGCCUUGAUGUUUCAAGAAAUCCCAUUUAAAUGUCCCCGCGCAACAUGAGAAACGUCAAAUUCGCGAUUGCUUUGAUUGGACUUGCGGCGGUCUCUUAGUAUUUGUUUCGCCGUCGCGGAGGAAAGUCGUUUUUGUUUGCGCUCCAAAAAUCAUCAAUUUUGUGCUUUUUCUACUUAAAAAAAUAAAAGAAGAUUCCAAUUGAAGCGUGAACAUGUACUGUGAAUUAAUCUAAGCAACCCAAUUUCUCUGCUACUUCGUGAUUUUCGUGCGUGAAUGCGGCAUAGAGGUGCUCUGUGAGAAAAAAAAUCAAUAAUGUUCAGUUGGCCUCGUGCUGUUUCCUGUGUUAUUUUGUUUUUGUGAUUCUAUAUUCUCUUUUGUGUGCGCCUUUGGGCAUUGCUGGGUGAUCUCUCUUCUCUUGCCCAUUGGAGACUCACUGGGAAUUUACUGUGUGCGCGCCCCCGUGACUUCUUUGCCAGGUGGGUGUCUCUUUUUCCUCUUUUUGCGCUGCCUCCAUUCAUCUUUUUCAGUGCGGUUUUCUCGCAACAAAACGUACACACUUUUGCGAAAAAUGCAUAUAAAAUGCACCCACACACGCGCACUGAUUCCACACGUGCCAUUCUUGCGGUUUCUCUUCACUUUUUCUGCAUUUUCACGCCAAUUUUAUGGAUUUUCGUGGAUAUUUUUCCGUGCAAAUGGCUUUAUCGUGUCCUUUGGCAUCUGUGUGGGGGGUAUUUUAUGCUAAUUUUAUCAAGGAAAGCAUGAAAAACAUGCAAAAAUAAAAGGAUACAAAGGGCAAAUGAUUGGCAGAAAGUUCCCAAACAAAAUGAUUUUUUUCUUUGUUUUCCAUCAACCUUUUGAAUAUUUUUUGAAAUUCAAUUAAUUACCAUGAACAUCUGCAUUGAAUUUAUGAGAAUUUCACAUAAGAACAUAACAUUUACGAGGUAAUUUGUCCAAUUGGAACAAAAGAAAGGUAUAAAAAAAGGGCUUAGUUGUUUGCCCCUUUUGGAAGGAAGUGUCGUCCUUGCGCAAAUUUUCUCCUUUUCGCGAACAGCGCCACUCUGUGAAUGCAAAUGGAAGUGUUUUUACGCGACAGGUGGAUUUGAAUCCUUUGGCGGCAAAAGGCGCAAAAGGAAAUCUUCUGCUAAUUCACCUGCUUCCCUGGAAUUCAUUGGCACAAAUCACCCACACUUCCGUUCCCAAUGAUUCCCAGAAGAGUUAAUCAGGUGUACACGCAACAUCCAGGUACGCGAAUGUAGCCAGCAGCAGCAGCACCUUCUGCAGCUUACCUUGUACUGUGCUUCCGAGAGCCAAAACGUCACGGGAAACAAGCAAUAAACAACCUUUCUUUACCUGUAGAGUUGGGCCUCAGCAGCAGAAAAUCUACCUGAAAGAGGAUGAAGAAAGAAGAACCUGUUUUUAAAGGGAAAUACCCUCACGGUACAGAGAGCACCUGGUCUAACCAACAAAUCUACCUGCGUGCUACACAAUCUCGAAGCUUCAAGGGCCUCUAUAAGGCAAUCUUAUCAGUUGAAUUUUCUUAUCAACACAUUGCGUCAUAUCGCGAGUUUUGUGCGUGGUUCUGUUGAGCUGUUUUGGGGCACAAUUUGGUAUUUAUUGCACUCGAAAGUCAGUCAAUAUCUCCAGCUGUGAAUCAAUGGCUAAAUGUUUAUUGAUGGAGCCAUUGGAAUGCUCCCAAGCUCUGUGGCAAUGCCAAUAAGGUAUUUCCACAAUCAAUUCCCACACAAAUUGCUUCGGAGAAAGGCGUAAUUUACUUUUAAUUUCAGGCAUACCAGACAAAUGAAUUACUACAUAUUGCUAAUUUUGGUUUUUUUACUCAAUUUUUUUUUACAAGGAAUUUAGAUAAGAAAUGCGAUUAAAUUUCAUAGAGGAUGAAAUGAUUUGAAAAGCUAGAAAUAGAAGUUAGAAGAUUUUAAAAGACUCCUUCAAACAGACAGAAGGAUCUUUAAGGGAUACUUUGGUCUGCUGGUUUAAUGCAAAAUUAUC